CAUAUAGAGCCGCAUGAGGGGUUGCUCUCCUCUCCGUAUCUACUCUUUGUACACCACCGCUUGCUGUGCCUCGCUCUCCCACUCAAUCCGCGCGCAGCAUGGGUAACUGCCAGGCGGCGGAGGCGGCGACGGUGAUGCUCCAGCACCCGGGCGGGCGGGUGGAGCGGCUCUACUGGUCCACCAGCGCCGAGGAGGUCAUGCGCGCCAACCCGGGCCACUACGUCGCGCUCGUCACCCUCCGCGUCGCCGAGGAGCGCCACGACGCCGCGGACGGCGCGCGCCGCACCGUGCGCCUCACCCGCGUCAAGCUGCUCAAGCCCAAGGAUACCCUGCUCCUUGACCACGUCUACCGCCUCAUCACCACCCAGGAGGUGACGAAGGCGGUCCGGGCGAGAAAAGAGGAGAAGCUGAAGAAGGCGCAGCAGCAGCAACUUGAGUCGAGGCUGAGCAAGGCGAGAGGAGCGGCCGAGGACGACAACGACGACGAGGCCUUGGACGCCACUCUUGAUCAGUUGGCGCGUCAGGACAGAGACGGCAACCGGAGCUCCAGUGCGCCGUACCGGCAGUGGCGACCGUCGCUGCAAAGCAUCGACGAAGCCGCAAGCUGAUGUGAUGAUGUCACCUCAUACUACACAAAUCGUAGGAGCGUAAUCAAUGACCGGUGAACCCGUAUUUUCGGUGUUCACUCGGUCCUAAUUAGUCACAAGGGUUUCUACAUUUGCACACUGUGAGUUGGAGUUUGACACCCCGGGACGCGAGCACUACUUGACAAGUGGUAGCCUCGAAUCCGUGUAAAUUUUCAGGUCUUCUUGAGAUGUUUGCUAGUGUUGCUUUGGGGAAAAUUCUGGAACACACAAUUCACUUCUCUUGUUUGCUACAUAUACAUACUACACACCACAUGCCCAUGGGCUUGACUACAACAACCCUACAGCUAGUGAGACUGCUUGUUUUUCUC